CCCUGAAAAGAAGGCCUUUACUAGGGAUUGAGCAGAAAGUGUUCCCUUUCCCCAGCCUGCCACAGUGAGAGAGAUUCCCUUUGCACCUUUCCUAGGAGGCAAGUGGUAAAUCUAAAAGGUGCGAAGUGUUAAGGGUCAGCGAUGCAAGGAAUGGGAAGUAGAUGUUUGGUUAGAGAAAAAUGAGGUAACUGUCUCCUCUGGGCUGCCAGUAUUUUCAGCUGAACUGCCCUGUGCCUUCCCAGGCAUUGGCAGCCCUGUGGGUUUUCUGACACUGCACAGUAGGCAACAAAAUCAUUUCCGUUUUUUCUAUUUGGAAUUAGCAAUGCCCCUGUCAUUGUUUUGUGGAAGUCAUCUCCUGUCUUUCUAUGUGUCCUCAGCACUGGUUGCAUAGGAGCACAGCUGGCUUUCUCUUGGUGCCCACAGACUUCCAGUGCUCUGAGCAGAACAAGAUCUGGAGGAUGUGCUUGGGAUCAGCAAGGACUCUAAUUGGACUGUUGUUCUUUCAUUUUGCUACGCAGUAGCGAGCAGAUUAUAGAGCCCACAUGUUAUAGAUUUCCUGUCAUCCCUCAUGAAUCAAGCUCCGCUGUCUUAUUUACUGUUGGCCAAAGCCUGUGAAUAACAUCACCAAGGGAUACACUCUCAUGCAGUUGUGCAAACACAGUGCAGAGCAGUUGCAUGUGCCUUUGAGCUGUCAGUUCACCUUCCUCAAUACCACACCUCAGCAAGGCUGUGUGGUAGGGAAGGGCCUUCCUCUCUGUGCAGGAUGGCUCUUCAUCUCCCUGGGAGCUCUGUCAGUAACACUGAAGGCAAACCUUUGUAAUCUCAAUAAUGUGAAGUUCGAAAAUGUAUAACUUGAUGAUAUUCCUCCUCAUUAUUCCAGACAUUCCAUAUGCUUGCACUCCUGUAGGUACUAAGGAUAUAGAAUUCCAGUUUCCUGGGAGCUGUGUGAUGUGAAAUCUGCCAGCUCUGCAAGGUUUUUCAAUGUAAAAGGCUUGGUUUGUGUCCUGGGCACAGCACUGAAAGGCAGGACCAAGAGCACAGCGAUCAGCCCCAUUGAAGAUGUGUGCUCUAUCUCUAUUGUUUCUCUAUCCAGUAGGGUAGCGAAUGUAACAGGCGAUAGCUUCAAUUUAUCAGAAGAUAUUUUCUCAAGUUUCCCCAAAUUUCAACAUAAGGUUUUGAAAGUAUGCGAGUAAUUGAAUCCAAUUUGGAGAUUUGCCUCAGUGAAGGACUAACGUUUUUUUUGUAACUACAGUGAGACAUGACUACUGAGUUAGCUGGGGUCCCCUGGAAGUGAAAGCAAGGUUGCUCUGUAUGUCAUAAGCCAGCCUGCUAGCUGUUCCUGGCUGUAGGUGUUUGCAAAAUGCUUGGCUUUCCAAGGGAUAAGGUUGGAGACUGUCUGAGGAACUGUGGUGCUAUUUUGUUUCUGUUAGGCAGGUUAAUAUUUCUGUUCUGGAAAUCUAGCUAUUAAAUAAGGUCUGGGGAACAUGUCUUCAAAUUCUAAGAGGCUUUAUCCAAGAGGAAGUGAUUAAACUGUUUGUGAUGUCUGUUGAUGAUAGAGCUGGAAGUAAAUGGGCUUUGGAUACAAUGCAGGAGCUUUCAUUUCUGUGUUACAAAUAUCACAUUAGCAACAACUCAGAAGCAAUAGAACAGACUGACUGAGAAGGGCUGAGUUUUUCAGAGCAGAAUGGAAAAACAUCUGUCAACAUAAUGCUGCUGUGUCUGUUCUUCUAUAGGGAUAGAAAGAUACUGCAACCAGCUGAUAUGGUCCUUGCUUUAUUUUCUGUGACUUUAAAUUGUGCAUGAUCUUAUGACCAGAUGAUGUGGGUCUGAAAUGGGUGCAGGUGUGAACUGGUAACUGCUAAGUCACGCCCGAACCACUGAUUGAGCACCUGGGGAAAGAACCCGGUCAGCCCUGGGGGCACAGGUGAAGGCAAUUCAGCUGUGUGACCAGAAGGGGUGGAGCCUGGCUGCACCUCUCUGAGACCUCAUUUCAAGGCUGACUGCUGCUGGGGAAGGAUCUCUUUAUGGAGAUUCCUCCUUGGUGAAGCUUUCCCCUGUGAAUCUGGAAUCUUCUGAUAUGGGCUGCUUGGCAGAAUGGCCACGGAGGAGCGGCAUCUCUCCUCCAGCUGUGGGUCCUUCAUCAAAACCGAGCCCUCCAGCCCAUCAUCUGGCAUCGAUGCCAUCAGCCACCACAGCCCAAGUGGCUCCUCCGACGCUAGCGGUGGCUACGGCAUUGCCAUGGGUGGCCACCCCAACGGCCUGGACUCACCACCCAUGUUCAAUGGCACAGGGAUUGGUGGUGGGUCCUGCCGUAAGCGAUACGAUGACUGCGCCAGUGCCAUCAUGGAGGAUUCACCCACCAAGUGCGAGUACAUGCUUAAUGCCAUCCCCAAGCGGCUGUGCCUGGUGUGCGGGGACAUUGCUUCUGGGUACCAUUACGGUGUGGCUUCCUGUGAGGCAUGCAAAGCCUUCUUCAAGAGGACUAUUCAAGGGAAUAUUGAAUACAGCUGCCCAGCCACCAAUGAAUGUGAGAUCACAAAACGGAGGCGCAAGUCCUGUCAAGCCUGUCGCUUCAUGAAAUGCCUCAAAGUGGGGAUGCUGAAAGAAGGUGUUCGUCUGGAUCGAGUCCGUGGAGGCCGCCAGAAAUACAAGAGAAGACUGGAUUCUGAGAGUAGCACUUAUUUGAGCUUACAGAUCCCUCCCCCAGCUAAAAAGCCACUGACUAAGAUCGUCUCCCACUUGCUGGUGGCAGAGCCAGAGAAGAUUUAUGCCAUGCCUGAUCCAACCAUGCCGGAGAGUGACAUCAAAGCCCUGACAACCCUCUGUGACCUGGCAGACAGGGAAUUGGUGGUGAUCAUUGGCUGGGCGAAGCACAUCCCAGGGUUCUCCAAUCUCUCCCUCGGGGACCAGAUGAGCCUCCUGCAGAGCGCCUGGAUGGAAAUCCUCAUCCUGGGCAUUGUGUACCGCUCCCUGCCAUACGAGGACAAGCUUGUCUAUGCUGAGGACUACAUCAUGGAUGAAGAACACUCUCGUCUGACGGGGCUGCUUGAGCUCUACCUGGCCAUCCUACAACUGGUGCGCCGCUACAAGAAGCUCAAGGUGGAAAAGGAAGAGUUUGUCACGCUUAAAGCUCUGGCCCUCGCCAAUUCAGACUCUAUGCACAUAGAGGACAUGGAUGCGGUGCAGAAGCUCCAGGACCUUCUCCACGAAGCCCUGCAGGACUACGAGCUGAGUCAGCGCAACGAGGAGCCCCGGCGAGCAGGGAAGCUGCUCCUGACCUUGCCCCUCCUGCGGCAGACAGCCGCCAAAGCUGUGCAGCACUUCUACAGCAUCAAACUGCAGGGCAAGGUUCCCAUGCAUAAACUCUUCCUAGAAAUGCUAGAGGCAAAGGUCUGACAGCCCCAGUGCCAGCCAACAAUGGCCGGGGAACAAACUAGAAACAAAGAUGCAGACAACGGAGCAAUCCAAACAGCAGCAGCAGCCACCGCCGGCUUUUAUCUCCAAUCAUUUAUUAUGGAAGAAUUAUUUAAUGUCUAUCUGUCGGCGUGACUGCAGAAUCUCAUGUACAGGAGGGGGAAAACUCUUUUAAUCAGUCACCUGUUUCUCUUUUUUUCAUUUGUUUUCUCUGUGGAAAUACCAGAAUAUGCUCUUGCACUUGUUGAGGCGGUCGCUGGGGCUCAGCCCCUCUGAGCGAUGUUGCUCUCAGCACUGUGCCGGCCGCCUGGUCCCCAGCCCCCUCCACCAGUGCUGGAGAGGGAGUGGGGACUGAAGCAGGAAGAGACGAAGAAUAGAGUCAAUAUAAACUUUAUCUGCUUGUGGUGUGAGGGGUCAGAUAGAAAGGGAAGCAGCCAGGGUCCUUCAUUUUGUCACCCUUCUGGCUCUAACAAAGGGCAGAUGCUCCUUUGGAGAAGAGCAGUACUGGACCUCUCCUGAUCAAAAUGGCUGCCUCCCAGGCUCCUCUAGCGCCAGCUAACACUUGUACAUACAGGCCCCACUUCUUACCAGGAAAGAUGCUCCUAACUGUGUAAGAUACCCUGCGACCUUGUACAGCGUGUCAUUACGCCUGGCUAGUCCCUCCCGUGUGCAAUCCCCGCAGGACCCUGAAGAGGCAGGAUGUAUGUCCCUGAGAGAAUGCAAGUCUCCCAGGUAGUGAGAAAAACAGAUUCUGGUGUAAGCUUUUGUGCUGGGUUGACUUGAUAAUCUCUGCAUCCUUUCCUAUGUGGUGCUAACUACAAUUUUUCUGCACUUUUCGCCCUGUAGUAUAUAAAACCUGCCUCUUCAGUGCAGCUGAGUGCCAUUUCCCACUUGUUCCUUGUGGCAGAGAGCACAAGGCUUUGUCUGCAUGGUUACCACCCAAGUAUAAACACACCCCAAACCAGGGCUUGCCUAGACUUCAUUCAAGUAAUAGAUCUUUGCCGCCACAGAGACUUAGGCUUAUUGCCAAAUACUAGUUAGAAAUCAAAGGAACUGCUUUUUGGGGGAGACAGCUCCUGAGCCCAAGAGACUGCUUUUUUUUUUUCUUCGUGGUUUUUUUUUUUCCUUUUUUUGUGGCAGCCUAGGCAAAUAAGCUUAGAGGUUGGCGUGGAACCCCCAGAUCCAAUAUCCCAACUACUGUCUUCCCCUGCCUCAUCCCAUUAUCCUCAACAGAGCAAAAAAGGUAGCAUGGAUUAUCCCUGGACCUGGUAAGAGGUUCUCUCACUGAUGGAAGAGAUAUAUCUGACCUCAAGGUGGUCAGAGAAGAAGUGGUGGAACGUUUGUUUACUCAUGUCACUAGGUUUCUACUGUGUCUGAGCCUUAGUUUAGCUCAGCUGGCUAAAUCACAACUGCUGCAUUCUCAGUAUUCAGAGGGGAUUUUGGGUGGCUUGAAAAAACUAGCUUGGCAUUCUGUGAGCUGAGGAGAAGCCUCUGAUCUGUAUUUGAGACACCACUGCCUCUGCUGCCUCUUCUCAACCUAGGCUUACGUUCCUGGAUAACCCAGUGGUGUGACCUGCACAGGAAGCCUUCCAAACUGUGGAGUGUGAUCAGGGAGGUACCGGGUGCUUGUUUUCUACUGGAACUGAACAUGUAUCUCAGUGCAAAGCUCAGGCUAGCUCAGAAACUGGGGAAAUUUCGCUGCUACUGAGCUCUCAGCUCAUGUUGCUAGCCCUCUGCUGGUCCUUUAGUUAGUUCAGUUCCAUCUCCUCUGAGUUCUCCCAACACUAUACAGUCAUAGCUACUCACCCAUUCUGUACUCACUACAUAAAGGAAUUCAGUCCUGCUUCAGGCACAUUAGUAAGCCAGCAAAGACCCAGGAGUCAGAAGGCACAAGGGAGCUGGGAUUGUUUCCACACUCAAAGCAGCAGCAAUUACACAGUGGCCUUGUGCUUGAACAGAUACCUGUGCUUCUUUUCACCUUCACCCUCCCAGAGAGAGCUGGGGAGAAAAAUGAUAGCUUUUGGUUGCGCUUACAAUCUCUGUAUCUAUCUGUGAAUGAGAGGGACCAAACUGAAAUGCAAGCCUUCACUAGAGCCAGUUUGCAGCGUGUUGCAACCUGGCAACUCUUUCUGGCUGUGGCAUGAAUAUUCUCACACACUUGCUGUGCUGUGGUCUCUAAGCAGGACUCACUUGACCACUGUUGCUUCUCUGCUGAGUCCCACUCAGCUGCAGCACACUGUGUUCCAGCCUGCCUCACAGCUGUCCCAAAGUGGGCUGAAAAGUUCCUAAGAAGCAAGUCUUACUCUGCUGGGCCCUGGCUGGGAAGGUCAUUUUAAAAAAGUUCCAGGGAAAUCUUCUCUAAGUAACCCUGCUUGAGCAGCGGGGUUGGACCAGAGGACCUCAACCAUUCUGUGAGUGUGAAAAGACUCCUCCAGCUUUGUUGAAUUUGAACUUGGGCUUGCUUUUCAGAACAGAGGGGAAAAUAACCUAGAAAACAUGAUUGUAAAGGAGGGCUGCUGAGUUACCUUCUAGCUAACAGCAACUGCUGUCUAUUUAGAGUAUGGAGGCAACGGCUGCGUUGGCAGAACAAUAUAAAGAUACUAAAUUCAUUUUUUUCCUGGACUUUCUUUCUCCAUUACAGCUGCAUAAUCUUGGAGCCCAACUGGAUAUCCCCUCAUUGCUUGAAGGUAGUAGGCCUGGAAAUUUUGCUGGUUUGCUUCUGAAACAGGAUGGGAACUGAACCAGGCAGUAAUUAGCAUGUAUUUAUCUCUCUAUACCAGGGAUGCAAACUGUUUCCCAAGAAUGGGGACAGAAACACCUGCCUAGAUUUAACCCUUAAAAGGCUUAUACCAUCUUAGUUGGGAAGCAAGGCAGGUCUCUUGGCCUUUCAGACAAGUGCAGGCUUCACGUGCAUCUCAUCCCUUUCCAGUUUCUCUGAUCUGCUGUGCCUCACUAGUACCAGCAUGCUGCCACAAAAGAGGAGCAUGUCCAGCUACACAGCAGGUCAGGCUUGCAGAAAAGGGUGACAUCUUAGUGUAGUCCCCUCAGUAAAGUUUGACGUGGGAAAUGAGGCUUCAGCAACUGCUUAGGUCUUGGGAUUCUCAUAGGCUCUUACAAAGAGGUCUGGAGAUGUGGAAUUCAGGCAUAAACUGGGAGGUGGGUUCUGGUCAGUGUUUCUUAUGCCAUUCAUUUGUAAUAUGGGGCUAACAGAGUCAGCUCCAUACAGCUGUCCUUUUGCAUGGGGCAAAAGAUGACAGAGUUUGGGCCUCAAUUUCUGUGACUUAAAGAAAAGAAAAGCUAAACUGUAGAGGUAAGUGUGUCGGUGACAGUGAAUAAGCAUGAAGCUGACAUGCAGCUAGUAUGGUAAAAGCAGCUCUAGCCCCCGAUAUGCAUGUGCAGAUAACAGAAACCACGUACCUGUGAGCCACUGCGAAAAGGCAGAUCUUCCCAAGUGACCAGUUCUUCUGUUUUGGGCACAUUCUUCUCCGGGAACAGCAGUCUCUGGCCUGUAUUGCAAAAUUAAUUUCAUGGGGAUCAAUUAAAGGAAAGGGUAAAACACUACACAAAAAUGAGGUUUCUGGGGAAACUCGGGCAUUACACCUCGCUGCAAAACUGUGAAGUUACAGGAAAGUCCCCUGCAACAAUCAGAACCUCGCAGUACUGUUUGCACUAAGGGGGCAUUAUUUUUCUCUUUGUCAGCUGUCAUCUUUUUUUUUAAACAACAAAUUCACCAGAAACAUUUAAGCAGCUAUUAGAGGGGAAAAUCACUGAGGAAGACCCUAGAAUGUAACUUGUUGAGCUUUUAUUACCAAUUGGAGCUGAGAAAAAGUGCUUCCACUUUGUAUCCACAAGCUAUAAUCAAUUGUAUGGCCGAUUGUAUGUUCUUGUGGCUGGCUUAUAGAGGGAAGCUAAAGAGACAGAGGCUGUGAGAUUGAUGCAGGGAGUUAUAGACAGUGAAAUAAACAGUAUCUACUUAACUAUUAUCUGCUCCUUAAAAAAAGAAAGAAAGAAAAACCUGUGAAAUAAAUAAAUUGUAUUCUUGUGGUACAGGUCAUUUCAAACAAAACAAGAAAUAAAACACAGAAAUGUAAAAACUAA